GUAAAGCCUGCUCUACCCUGCUCAUAUAACCCACAGAAAAUGUUUCCUUUGCCCAACAGAUUCUCCCCAUAAAACCCCAUUGCUCCUCUCCCCCACAAGCAGCACCGAGUCUAGAAUUGCUUUAAACCCACUUCAUAAUCGAAAAAUGCCAUCGGAUUCCGCUGAAACCAGGCGCUUAACCAAGCCCCAGAACCCUGGAGCACCGCCACCGGAACAAGAACAGCUCCCCUGUCCGCGCUGCGACUCCACCAACACCAAAUUCUGUUACUACAACAACUACAACUUCUCACAGCCCCGUCACUUCUGCAAAUCCUGCCGCCGUUACUGGACCCACGGUGGCACCCUCCGCGAUAUCCCCGUCGGGGGUGGCACCCGCAAGAAUGCUAAGCGAUCUCGCACUGCUAUAGGCGGUUCUCCCACCUCUUCCCUUGUAACCACCGCGACGAGCAGCAACGGCCAUAAUCUCACAUUACCCGCCACCCAGAUUUUGGUGCCCCUCGCAGCCAAUCAGGGCACGUUUGGCAUUGGUGGUGACAUGAAGGGUAACGGGAACGGAGGAAUGUGCGGGAGUUUUACUUCUUUGUUGAGUACGCAGGGUCCGGGAUUCUUGGCGCUGGGCGGGUUCGGGCUCGGACUUGGUUCCGGGUUUGAGGAUGUGAAUUUUGGGCUUGGGAGAGGUGUUUGGCCCUUUGGUGGGGUGGGAGAAGGUGCUGCUGGUGUUGGAUCCAAUGGUGCGCCUGCAGCUGGGAUGGGAAACACGUGGCAAUUUGAGAAUGGAGAAACUGGGUUUGUUGGUGGUGAUUGCUUUCCUUGGCCUGAUCUUGCUAUCUCAACCCCGGGAAAUGGAGUCAAGUGAUAUGUUUUCUUUUUGUUGAUUUUCUUCGAAAUUGUCUUUUAUGAUUAUUAUUAUCAUGUGUAGAAGCAUAAUACUAUAGUUUAAGAGAAAUUAGUGACUGUUGAGAGUAAAUGUUUGCCAUAUGAGCUAGAAGAAUAGGGGAAAUGACCAUGUCUUGUUGCUCCAUGCCAUGUGAUUUGGGUUUGCUUGUGUACACUUUUUUGUGCAGUACCAUGGCACAAGAUGAUCAAUGUGUAGUUUCUACAUGCCUGGACCUUUUCUUUUUUUUU